CUGUACUACGAGAUAGUAUACGAUUGCAGAAUCGGGAACCAGUCCAUAAUUUUGAUGCGAGUGUGAUUUCCGUGGAAAGACGUUUGGCGGACGAUUUUGACCGAUCUUAAAUCGAGAAACAUCGUCAUAUUCCAAGAUGAGUAAAGCACAUCCUCCCGAGCUUAAAAAGUUCAUGGACAAGAAAUUAUCAUUAAAGCUGAACAGCAAUCGCAGGGUGACUGGCACUCUGCGAGGUUUUGAUCCCUUCAUGAACCUUGUCAUGGACGAGACCGUUGAGAACCUGUCUGGUGGUGAGAAGUACGACAUUGGCAUGGUGGUAAUCAGGGGAAACAGUAUCAUCCUUCUAGAAGUGCUGGAGAGAAUAUAGCCCCUCUGCCACAGGCAGCUCUGAACUCUUGAAAAUCUUAGUCCAAGUCUCUGACUCGAUGGUGGACCCUGGAACUUAAAACAUGAGCAGGAGUUUCCAGUGCCUUGAGCUUUUUCCUUGGAAGCAACAAUUACUUUCUGAAGAGAACGGCAGUUUCGUUCGGGAGCCUUGCGAUGAACUGCCAACAUUCUUUACCUAUUGGGUUGUUAGCAUCCAGAAAACUGUAUUCUUUGAUUCUUAACCCUAACCCAUAGGCCCUUUUGGCUAUGAAUCACCCUUAAUCCUCCAAAAUCCUCCAAUUGCCACCAUUACACAUUAGACUCGGCCUCAAUCCUCCAAAAUCAUCCGUUAUUUCUUGAAUUUGUUCAGUGGAGGGCUGACCAUUGCCUCAAUCCUUCAAAAUCCUCCAACCAUACUGUUCAUUGGUUGAGGCAGCGCCAAUGACAUUCAGAAGCAGUGCGGGUGGUAUCAAGCGUAAUGCGGGGCUCAAUUAUGCAUGACUGAACAUAAACAAUGAUAGGUACAGCCUACAAACUCUACACCAUUGUAGUCUUCAAAAUCAACCGACAGUUUUUGCCAUUCAGCCGCAAACCUCCAAAAUCCUCCAAAACCGCCUGGAGGAUUGUGGAGGAUUGAGGAGGGUUAGGGUUAAGGAAUGUCACAAAGACCUGUUAUGUUUGAAGAAGGAAAUAAACAAAUUUCUAGUUUAGCAUUGACACUGAAACCCUUUUCACACUACCCAUGUUGAAAUCAACUUGGAUUCACCAUAAGUGGAACGGGGUCACAUCAAACGCGGGUACGAAAGGCUCAUCAUUCAUAUUUACAACAGUGUGUACACAGGUUGACUGUAAAUUGUUUAUUUUUUACCCCGGUAGAACCACUCAACCCUGGUCCCGACCAUGGUUGGAAUUAACCUGCGUACAGUGCUGGACCCGUGUAGAAGCGCUGUUGGAUUCUUGUUGGCGUGAAAUGGGUUGCAGAAAUCUCUGUGUUGGAUCCUGGUCCAACAUUGAAAUUUUAGCCGGUAGGGACCAUUCUGGGUACUUACACGGCUCAGAAAAAUUCACCUGUUAAAUCGCCAGUUUGUGUGGUUAUUUUAUCGGGUACAUUACUGGCAAUGCACAUAUCACAUCACAAAAUUGAGAUAUAGGUGUGUGGGCCAACGCAAUAGUGAUUUAAUAAGCCACUACAUGUAUUUCCAAGCCACACUGGUCCCUAGUGUGGAAGGCCCUCAAGAGCCUAAGUGCUGCCUGCUAAUCAGAAAUGUGUCUAGAUCCGUAAUUCUGUGUUUAUUGUACAUAUUCUAAAGCACUUGUCAUCAGUUUUUGUGAAGUUCAUAAAGAAGUGCACAAGGCUUAGAACUGAAACAGCAGUUCAUGUUGGUUUCUAUGUUGAAACAGUGCCAUACACUGAUGUAGGUUAGUCUAAACGUUGUUUUUCUUUUGUGGGGGGGGGGGGGGUGCUGGGGAAAUUGAUGACAUUUCAUCAUUUUUCACUAGGAGGCAAAUUUCCUAUAUCUCCGUGCACUAAAUUUGGCUCUUUGUGAAAAAUGACGAUUUGUGAUUUUGUGGAGAUGACCAAAAUAAGGCUCUCCGGUUAUUUGUGUUUGACUUGGUUUACUGUUAUUUGUAUUAAAUAUUGGUGAUUUUUAACAGUUGAUAGUGUGAUCAUGGACUAUGCCAACCAAAAAGUAGUGAAUUUUACGCCAGGUUUGUACUACCAAGCUGUGUUGUAAAAUUAAGUGGUUACAUAAUCGUUUAUGAAUAAAAAGAUUGUUCCGUGCCUUUCUUAAA